AUGGCUCCAAAUUUUAGCAAAAUUACGUCAAGGACAGAUGUAAGGCUUGGAUUAGCUGCUUCUGCAGCGAUAGGUGCAUGGAUAUUUAGAAAUUCAUUUAAUUCAAGCUCAACAAAAUGUGUGAAAUCAGGACAUUUAUCACCCGAAGAUAGGGUGCAAUAUAUGAUAAAGGAUAAAAAUAAAAAGGGUCCUAAAGCACAAGUAGAUGCACAAUUUUUUGCUGAAUUAAAAAUAUUAUGGUCUAUUAUGUUUCCUGGACUAUGGAGCAAAGAAAGUGGAUUCAUGGCUUUAAUAGCUUUAUCACUUAUAGCAAGAACAUUAUGUGAUCUGUGGCUUAUACAACAUACAACUUUAAUUGAAGGUUCCAUUGUCGCAAUGAACAACAAAGAGUUCAAGCGGUUGCUACUUCAGUUCUUUUCAUACAUGCCAAUAAUAUCUUUAGUAAACAAUGUUUUAAAGUGGAGCAUUGGAGAGGUGAAAUUGAGAUUAAGGACUAAUCUUUCAGUGCACUUAUAUCAGCAAUAUCUAAAAGGUUUCACAUACUACCAAGUCACCAAUUUGGAUAAUCGAAUAUCAAACGCUGAUCAGCUCUUGACGACAGAUAUAGAUAAAUUUUGCGAUACUGUAAUAGACCUCUACAGCAACAUAAGUAAACCUAUUCUGGAUAUAUCUAUAUAUUUAUAUAGGUUGACCGUUAAUUUGGGACCCUCUACACCGGGAUUGAUGAUGGCUUAUCUUUUCUUUUCUGGCAUUUUCUUGACGUACCUCAGGAAACCUACCGCACGAAUGACCGUCCAAGAACAGAAAUUAGAAGGAGAAUACAGAUAUGUUAAUUCACGGCUCAUAACUAACUCUGAAGAGAUUGCUUUUUACCAAGGUAAUCAUCGCGAACAACUAACUAUUCUGGCCAGUUUCUACAAGUUGACGAGACACCUGAGAAAUUUCCUCAACUUCCGCGUCGCCAUGGGAUUCAUCGACAAUAUUGUCGCUAAAUAUGUAGCCAUUACAAUCGGUUUCUACGCAGUAUCUCGACCUUUCUUUAGGAAGGACCACAAUUUGCUAUCAGGAACGGAGCAAGACAGAUUUAAGCACUACUACACAUACGGUCGUAUGUUAGUCAAAAUGGCGGAAGGUAUCGGCCGUUUGGUUCUCUCUGGUCGUGAGUUGAGUAAAUUGGCGGGCUUGACCGCUCGGGUCACUCAGCUAAGGAACGUUCUAGAAGACAUUAACAAAGGAAACUACACGCGGACAAUGGUGGAAAAAAAUAAUAUGGGAAAUGGACCCCCAAUGCUCCUCGCGCCGGGCGCCGGACGCAUCAUAUACCAGGAUAAUAUCAUUCGCUUUGAAAAAGUUCCGCUGGUCACUCCCAACGGGGACGUGCUCAUACAAGAAUUGAAUUUCGAAGUCAAGUCGGGCAUAAACGUGCUUGUAUGCGGACCAAAUGGCUGUGGAAAAUCUUCGAUGUUCCGUAUGUUGGGAGAACUGUGGCCUAUAUUUGGGGGAACAUUAACAAAGCCUCCGAAAGGAAAACUUUUUUAUGUACCUCAAAGGCCGUAUAUGACACUCGGUACAUUUAGAGAUCAAGUAAUUUACCCUCAAACACGGGAGGAGAUGUUGCGUCGCGGACGGACGGACAACGAGUUGAAUAGUUUCUUAGAGAUCGUGCAACUGUCGUACUUAACCAAUAGAGAGGGCGGGUGGGACGCCGUCGAGGACUGGAUGGACGUGCUGUCCGGAGGAGAGAAGCAGAGGAUAGCUAUGGCGCGGCUGUUCUACCACGCGCCGCAGUUCGCGAUCCUGGACGAGUGCACGAGCGCCGUCUCCGUCGACGUGGAGGGGCACAUGUACCAGUACUGUCGAGAGAUGGGCAUAUCUCUAUUCACGGUGUCGCAUCGCAAGUCGCUAUGGAAACAUCACGAUCAUUAUUUGCAAAUGGACGGCCGCGGCGGAUACGUCUUCGGUGAAAUAGACAACGAAACUCAAGAAUUUGGCUCG